GCCCACCAGAAAAAAAAGUCGUGGUGCACCUUAAGAAGAUGGACACAGCCUAUGACGACUUGGGCAAUUCCGGGUAUUUCACCAUUAUUUAUAACCAAGGCUUUGAGGUCGUGUUGAAUGACUACAAGUGGUUUGCCUUCUUUAAGUAUGAAACCAAGGGCAGCGAGGUGAUCAGUUACUGCCACGAGACAAUGACUGGGUGGGUGCAUGAUGUACUGGGCCGGAACUGGGCCUGUUUCAUUGGAAAGAAGGUGGAAAGCCCUGAAAAUGUGAAAAUGAGCAUGGCACACCUUGGAAGCCACCUGGAAAAGUAUUCCAGUAGGCGCUACAAAUAUGAUCACAACUUUGUGAAAGCCAUUAAUGCUAUCCAGAAGUCUUGGACUGCAACUACGUACAAGGAGUAUGAGACUCUUACCUUGACAGAGAUGAUGAGAAGACGUGGUGGCCACAAUCACAUAAUCCCAAGGCCCAAACCUGCACCACUGACUGCUGAAAUACAGCAAAAGAUUUUACAGUUGCCAACAUCUUGGGACUGGAGAAAUGUUGACGGUAUCAAUUUUGUGAGCCCUGUUCGAAACCAAGAAUCUUGUGGAAGCUGCUACUCAUUUGCUUCUGUGGGUAUGUUAGAAGCAAGAAUCCGUAUAUUAACCAACAACACUCAGACCCCAAUCUUGAGUCCUCAGGAGAUUGUAUCUUGUAGCCAAUAUGCUCAGGGUUGUGAAGGUGGUUUCCCAUACCUCAUCGCGGGAAAGUACGCCCAAGAUUUUGGGCUGGUAGAAGAAUCCUGCUUCCCCUACAAGGGCACUGAUACGCCUUGCAAAAUGAAAGAGGACUGUAUGCGUUACUACACCUCUGAGUACCACUACGUGGGGGGGUUUUAUGGGGGCUGCAAUGAAGCCCUGAUGAAGUUGGAACUGGUCCAGCAUGGGCCCAUGGCGGUUGCUUUUGAAGUCUACGAUGAUUUUAUGCACUACCACAAAGGGGUCUACCACCACACUGGGCUGAGAGACCCUUUCAACCCCUUUGAGCUGACAAAUCAUGCUGUUCUGCUCGUGGGCUACGGCACAGACUCAGUCAGUGGGAGGGAUUACUGGAUUGUGAAAAACAGCUGGGGCACAAGCUGGGGUGAGAACGGCUACUUCCGGAUCCUCAGAGGCACUGAUGAGUGUGCAAUUGAAAGCAUAGCAGUGGCAGCCACACCCAUUCCGAUGCUGUAGGAUACACUUCCCAGUAUUUUAUGCGGGUCAUCUUCAAUUAAGAAAAGGAUGGAUUGAUUCACAGACUUCUGCUGUUUAUAAGAGCAAUUUCAUAAGUGUACAAAUAAGUUUCUAUGAAGUUUUUUGCCUUUAAAAUUAAAAACACCCUGGAUUUUUAAAAACCUUCUAUCAGCCACUGGCCUGAUUUUCUCCAAGUACUUGGUGAAGUAAGAUUUUUGAGAGUGAUGUUUAAACUGACAGAUAAUAGAUUUUGCUAAUCUUUUGAUAUACACAGAUGUUAUAUUUUUUCAAUUUAUGUGACAGCACAAGCCUAAAGUUUUCAUAAAUGUGCAAGUGAUAUCUACUGUAGCAUUUUUAUUCAUGCUUAAGAGACUUUUUACCAUUGACUCCACUUCUGUCACCUCAGAAAAUACUUCUUAAAGAAGGAAAAAUAUUUGAAUAAAUUAAGAAUAAAAAAGCCAUUAUCUUUUAUGAGAA